UGCAAUCAGACCUUAAGGAGGAAAACUCCCGAAAACAACAGCUAUUCUGCUUAGGCGAUUCUGCUUAGACGAAUGGUUUCCUUCCAGUUUUUCAUUUCACAUUUUUCAAAAUUUAGCAAGUUUUGCCAACGUGUGGUAGGAUUUCUGAUCACUCCGUCGGUCGGAAGUAACAAAUGGAAGCAAACGAAAGUUUCAAAGAGAAAGCAGAAAAUGAGGAGUUGGAAGAAGAGAUAUGGAGUUGGGGGGCAGGCACAGAGGGUCAGUUGGGAACGGGGAGGCUCUUAGACGAGCACCACCCUCAGUUGCUCCGUUCUCUCUCCUCAUUGGGCCCAGUCUCUCUUCUCGCUUGCGGCGGCGCUCAUGUCAUAGCUCUCAUCUCAGGUGGAAGAGUGGUGACAUGGGGUAGGGGUACAUCAGGGCAAUUAGGCCAUAGGGAAGCUGUUUCCAGUGUGCAGCCUAUGGUUGUGGAAGAUUUGGUAGCCUUUGAUAUUACAUAUAUUUCUGCUGGUUGGAAUCACUCCGGUUUUGUUUCAGAGAGCGGUCAACUCUUCAUGUGUGGAGAUGGUACGUUUGGGCAGCUUGGUCUUGGUGAUUAUAUAUCCCACUCUUCUCCUGUAGAAGUGCCAUUUUUUAGCUCUAGACAUGUCAAGCACAUUGCUUGUGGUAUGCGCCAUUCGAUUGCUUUGGUUGAAGGUAAUAUGGGAAGUCGUGUUUAUGGAUUUGGGUCUGGAAAACGUGGUCAGCUGGGUAUAUCUGAUGACAAAGUAAAAUCAGUAAGCGUUCCUCAUGUUACUUUGGGCUUGGAAAAUCUCAGAAUUAACAGCAUUAUUGCAAAUGGAGACCAUAGUGGAGCUAUAUGUACUGAUGGACAUUUCUAUAGAUGGGGAAGAGGCUUCGGUGGAGACCCAGAUAAUUAUAUGCCCAAACGUAUUGCAGCAAGCCCAUCAUUCAGUAGCGCUUCUAUAGGGUGGAAUCAUGCUCUAUUGUUAACAGGUGAUGGACAAGUGUUCAUGAUUGGCGGUUAUAACUAUGGUGCUUCGAGUAGCCAAAAAACACAGUUGAUAGCGAAAACACUUGAAGAUGCAGGAAAUGAACAAAUUGCACAGAAGGUUGAUGCUCUUGUUGGGGUAAAGGUUUUCCAAAUUUCAGCAGGAGCUGAGCACUCGGCCUUGGUAACAGAUGAUGGAUCAGUGAUGACGUGGGGAUGGGGGGAACAUGGUCAACUUGGCUUGGGAGAUACAAAUGAUCAAGCUAGUCCUCAAGUGGGGAUUCCAUUGGAUUUGGUCCUGAUGGUACCAUUCUUUUCUCCCCCUCUUUCACAAUCCAAUAAAGGUGGUGACUAUUAGACACAUCUGUCGAAGUCAAUGAUGAUACUGGCGGUCCAGUCGGGUUUGGAUCGGAUGGAACUUUCCCCUUUACAUUCUCCUUCAUAACCCAAUAUGGUAUCCUUAAACUGGCUGGUGGUUCCAUCGGGUUUGGGCCGUUAGGCACUGAUCUUUUCUCGUCUAUUGAAAUGAAUGGUGAUAGGGGAGGUUCAGUCUCAUUUGGACCUUUUGGAACACUCCUCUUUAUAUCCUCCUUCAUAACCCAAUAUGGUAUCUGUAAACUGGCUGGUGGUUCCAUCGGGUUUGGGCCGUUAGGCACUGAUCUUUUCUCGUCUAUUGAAAUGAAUGGUGAUAGGGGAGGUUCAGUCUCAUCUGGACCUUUUGGAACACUCCUCUUUAUAUCCUCCUUCAUAACCCAAUAUGGUAUCUGUAAACUGGCUGGUGGUUCCAUCGGGUUUGGGCCGUUAGGCACUGAUCUUUUCUCCUCUAUUGAAAUGAAUGGUGAUAGGGGAGGUUCAGUCUCAUCUGGACCUUUGGGCACCAUUCUUUUCAUAUUGGUUGGAGGCAAUGGUGGGAGUGGUGAUUGCAUUUGGUUCGGACCGGAUGGAGCUUCCCUCUUCACAUCAUCUCGGCUCACCCCCUCCUUGAUUAGCCAAUAGGGGUGGGGAAUGAUAUGGCGGAAACUACUGUACAUAUGAUUUGGGUGAUGGUUUUGGUUAUUGGAUUCUGACGAAAUAUUUAGGAAGAGAAGUGAGAGUAUCAACAUAUGGAGUUGAUAUCCGAAUGUUAUGUUUAAGACCCAAGAAGGAUAGAUCUUCAUAGUGUUGUUUUUGAUAAGUAAAUGUGACUCUGGUGAUAAACAAUGGAGUGGUCUCCCCUAUAUAUAUACUCAGAGAUUUAAAUGAAUGUGGU